ACAUCUUAGGGUUGGGCAUUAGGUGUUGAAAUGUUUAUUUCUCCUUUGCCCAGGCAUUGGGUGAAAGGAAAAUGGAUUUUAAAACUAAGCUCAAUGCUUCCCACGCACAUGGAAAAGAAUGAGCUAAUGUUUUCAUGGGAAGAUGUCCCACACCGUUGUCUCCACAUCCUUUCAGUCAGUAACAGUGAGGCCCCGGUGUUCUCCACUGUCCAACGUUUGCAGAGUUCAAUAUUGUUUCAUCAACGAUUUUCCCAACGCAAGUCAGCCAUUUUUAUUUGUGUUUUUUACCACUCAAGGUCAAGAAUAUUAAACACUGGUGAAACAGAUAAGCGUAAUUUGUUGAUAUCCGUAAAUGGUGUUUACCAAGUAACAUCGAGGUGGCGUCGCCGCAUAUAUUGAUUGCAGACCUGUGUGUGCGUGUGUGUGAGAGGAGUAAAUGUGAAUAGGCGAUAGACCUGGAGAGAUACCAGAGGGUAGGGGCCCGGCAUGGUAAAAGGCCGGGGAAAAACGACACACCACAAAUGACAACGUAUUUUUGUUCAUUUUUCCGUAACGGUUUUUUUAUUUGAGUGAUUUGUAUUUUAAUUAACGUUAAGUGCUGGCGUUAUUGCAAUACAAAUGUGGAAAAUAUUCGGGAGAUGAUGCCGGGCACGUCUCGACAAUUUGCAGCAUCGAACAGUGCAAAUGUCCCCAAGUUUGAUGGGUUGUUUGGAGACUUGCUGAUGGAUUCUCUGAUUUUUACGUCAUCUUCGUAUUUAUGAUAAUGAUUUUUUCAUGUUGUUUGAUGUUAAUCGUGGCCACAAGGUCCUGAAUGGGACAGUCUGAUGGAGGUUCAUCACGAAGCUAUUGAGAAGAAUUAUGAGCUCCUCGAGGAGAUUGGCAAGGGACAAUUUGCUGUUGUCCGGAAAUGUGUGGAGCUCAAAACAGGUUUGGUUUAUGCUGCUAAGAUAAUGAGGAAGAGGAGAGUGGCGAGGGGAGUUGCUGCAGCUGAUAUAGCACGUGAGGCUGGUCUGCUGGCACAGCUUCGUCAUCCCAAUAUUGUCACCCUCCACAAGGUGAUUGAUACAGGGAAGACAGUUGUCCUACUGUUGGAAUUGAUUUCGGAUGGGGAACUGUUUCAUUGGACCCCUUCUAGCGAGGCUGAGGCUGCUCAUGUUGUUAGACAGGUUUUGAUGGCACUCAGUCAUUUACACUCGCACCAAGUGGCUCAUUUGGAUAUUAAGCCUGAGAAUAUCCUGCUGUCAACUCCGCCACCCAUGCCAAAUAUUAAAUUAAUAGAUCUAGGACUUUCUCAUCGUCUGGCACCGGGUUCUGAACUUCGUGCACUCUUUGGUACUCCAGAAUUUGUAGCCCCUGAAAUUGUUAACUACGAACCCCUCAGUUUAGGAACUGACUUGUGGGCAGUUGGCGUGUUAACGUACAUUUUACUGAGUGGUGCUUCGCCAUUUCUCGGUGAAGAUAAACAAGAAACCUACGCCAAUGUAGCAGCUUGCCAAUAUCAGUUCGAUGACGAGUAUUUUGGUAAUGUUACGGAAAUCGCCAAGGACUUCAUACGUUCUCUCUUGGUUAAGGAUCCAAAGGAACGAGGGAGCGCAGAAUCGUGCCUUAAACAUCCCUGGAUCCUUACGGAGUCCGAAACCUCGCAGGAUCUGAGUGGUGCUAUGAUAAGUGCUGUUAAACGAGGCUGUGUCCAGGCAGUGUCCCAAUUACUGAGGCAAGGUGCCUCGUUAGACGUCAAGGAUGCUAAGCAAGAUAGCCUUCUCCACCUGUCGUGUGCAUCUGGUGACGAACAGAUGACGGGUCUCUUGAUAGAAAAUGGAGUAGAGCUUGAUGUGGCAAACGAGAAAGGUCUGACUCCUCUCCACGUUGCAGCACGCAAUGGCCAUAUUAAUGUUGUGAGACUCUUGUGUCUGUCUGGUUGUGACGUUGACAAAACAAAUCGUGGAAUUCGUGCAGACGUAACGGCUAUCAAGCAUGGACACUUUGAAAUUGCUAAUCUUCUGGAUAAGCUCAGAAAUGGAAAUCAACGGGAGAAUUAUGUAAAGCAGCUGCAGCCUACCCACAAAGCGAUUGAUCGCCUACACAUACGCCUAUUGGGACACUGUGCUACGGGAAAAACGUCCUUGAUAAAUUCUUUGAAGUCUGGAAUAUUUAGUUUUGGAUUUUUUCGAAGAUCUAGGAGCCAGAAUUGCACCACUAAAAGAGAACCCAGCAUUGAAUUGGAUGUCACGAGUAAACAUGGCUCAUUAAGUUUUGAAUAUAGUGAUAAUGAGUAUGAGGGGACUGUCGGCGUUGAAUGGAGUCGUGGUAAUAUUGGCGGUGAAUGUGUUUUUUGGGAAUUUUGUGGUCGUGAGGAUUUCUUGGCAUCCUAUCAUCAUGCCCUGACCUACCAGUUACCCGCUGUUCACUUGAUUACGAUUAGCCUGCGAGAGCCAUUCACUGUUCAGCUGCAACAAGCGCGUUUUUGGCUGCGUUUCAUUAUGGACCGAAUACCACCAAAGAAUAUCGGAUUUGCUGGGAAGUGUCAAGACGUCAAAGUCAUUCUCGUUGGCACUUACGCCCCAGAGCUCCAAAGUCCAAAUUCAAACGGAACAAACUUCCUCUCACCACUACUACAAUUCCUUCAAGAAUUCACCCCGAUUUUAGGUGAUGAGCCACAGGUGGUGGUACUAGAUGCUACAAAUUCGUCGAAUCCUGGUGUCAAACUUCUCCGAUCUUAUCUGACAAAUGUGCGAAUGGAAUUUCUCGAGGAUGGACGGGAUGCAGCUGAAAGUAUUCUCCGUCGUGACAAGCCCCGGGCAGCGGCCAUGUACGCGCCAGUGGCAAAUCAUGAUAACCAGGGGGCUAUGGUGUGGACGGGAUUGGCCGAAGCCUGGAGGGCGUAUGUUCUAACACUGGAGGAUCCACCUGUAUUUUUGACACUUCCACAGCUGCUUCUUGAAGUUAGGAAAAUUAAUCCACUGGUUUCUAUCGAACAUUGCCGACAUUUGACCCAACAACUUCAGGCCUUGGGAGAAGCUGUAAUCCUGCGCGAUGAUUUAAUUGCUCUAUCUCCGGAGUGGCUGUGGCGAGACGUCAUCGGCUGGCAGUUGAACCCGGAUCAGCGAGGGCGUUUGGGUAGUCGUACAACCGGUGUCUACACAAUCGAGGAUUUCCAAGCAAGAUGCCCCUGCCCGGCGAGUCAAGCACUCCAGGUCCUCCAGGCCACGAACUUCUGCGUUCCCUGUGACGUGGAAGAUGACGAGUUGGAGUAUGAGAUCCCCUGUCUGAACUUGGUGGAGCGUCUACCAGGUCUGUGGGAGCCCUGGGGGUCCAGUACUUCCGCCCUACCACAUGCAGGGGUCCGGCUGUUCCCUGGGGAGGCACCUCUGUACCAUUUGACCCCGAUUUUCCCUCAUUUUCAAUCUCAAUUGAGGAGGAUCACCCAAACGUGGGAUCCGAGAGACUCCGAUCUGUAUCAGUGGUGGCGAGGGUCUAAGCUCUGUGUGGGGCCUUGUGAAAGCAUUAUCACUCUCGAGGAGGAGGACCAGGGUUACAUGGAGCUCCAGGUAAGGGGCCCCAAAGGCUCCGGUUCCCAGUGCUUCGCACUCCUGGGAGUGAUUUUUGAUGCUAUUGAUGCCACUACCGACAUGGUCGCACCUGCACUGCUCCUGGAAAAGCACUGGCUGUCCCCCAGUCAACUCAGGGACUACGAUGAGGUCCUGCACACCUGGGAGCCCGCAGCCAUGCUCUCGGCGCUGCUGGAGAAGGGAUUCGACGAGGCCAAGUUCAAAAAUCCGUUCAAUGGGUGUGUGGAGAGCGUUUGGAAUAUUGUUGGCUGUGGAUCUGAUCUACUGGACACUUGUAUUCCUGGGACGAGGCAACCGGUCAAGUUCAUCAAGCCCGGGGUGCAAAGGAAGUUGGCGCAGAUGCUCGAUCCACCUGAUCCCCAUGGUAAAGACUGGUGUCUUCUUGCGGUGAGACUGGGACUUGGAGAUCGGGUGGCUAAUCUGGAUAGCAAUGUCGAUAGCCCCACGUUGAGACUACUGGCAUGUGCUGGACCUGGUUGUACAGUCGGAUCUCUCGUAAAACAGCUCCGUGCUCUCGGUAGAGAAGACGCCGUCCACUUGUUACUGUCCCACACGCCAGUUUUUGUGUUAUCAAUGGCAAUUGAUUCAGAAACUGGCUCCAAUCUAUCGAGAUGACGCUGCUGUGGGCAUCGUCGAUGGAUCAAUACUUUCUAGAGUACUUUCAGGAGGAAGUUCGGAGUGAAUGAAAAACAGGGUUGUUGACCACAUUUUUGUAAAUAUUUUUCACUUUAUUUUUCAUCCAUUUAUUCUCGAUAAGAGAGAGAGAGAGAGUUUCUCAAGUGCAUCCCAUCGUUAUCAUAUUUUUGUUAAACUAUUUAUCCUUCCAUUAAUUCUACACACACAUCAUUAUUCUAAUUCUAAUCAUUAUUAUCAUGUAAUCAUUAUUACUAUUAUAGAUUGGAUUAUUUUUUUGAAUCUAUGGCUCGAGUCGUUAACAGCAUUUAUUGUUGAAGUAAUCUGGGACAUGUUCGUAGAGUGCUUUUUUUGUCUGGCAUAUCUACAUUAAAAAAAAAUCUCUAAGUGAAUCUCUUAAUGGAAACUCCAAAGACUGCAUGAACCUCUUAAUCGCUGCUGAACAACGUUAGAAGGAUAAAUAAAAAAAUCGAAUCGUGAAAGUUUCGUAGAAUGAUUUGCCAUUAACGAGCGUCAAACCAAAACAUUUAAAAUAAAAUACGAGAAAAAUGCCCACUAAUUCUUUCCUCUUGGGCAUGAGGAUUAAUAAUUUAAUAAUAAUCAUUAGAUUAACUUCACGAUUGACGCUUGCAGCACGAAUAAUUUUAUUUAUCUCCUUGCGUUCGGCUUUUGUAAUCAAGUGUGUUCAGUACUUUGUAAUAAUUAUUAAAAAAAAACUGAAACAAAAAAAAAAUGUUGACUCUGCUAGUCUCGUUGGGGAGAAAUUUUUUAUUCAGUAAGUUUUUAUUGAGCUAAAGCACCAAAAAAACCUUAAAUUAUGGCAUACGACAACGAGCUCCAACGUAUUUCGAAAGUAAUUUAAUUGCUGAUAAUGGGAGAAAAUAAUAAGUAUGAAGAAUUAAUUGUGUACAUCCUCAAGUACCGGCUUAAGACUUAAUUAACUGAUAAAUUUGUCCUAAAAGUCUGAAGCGUCCAUAACUGAGUAAAUAAUUAACGACAUGAAACAGAUAGGUCAUAGGCGGAGUAAUUAAUUUGGCUCAAUUAAUUAAAGUGAGAUGAGUAACUUUAGUCUGUGGUAUAAGCAUUUAUACGAGUUUAUCCCAUUUGGAUGAUUGAUUAAACUAAUGAAAAUAAUCGGGGAAUUGCGAAGGAGAGGAUUUUUUCAAUAUAUCUGGAGCAAUGAGACUAGACCAUUUUUUCGAUAAAAAACAUAAAAAAGAGCAAAAGACAUUCAAAUCACAUAUUUAAUAGUUGAUUCUUCGUUAUUUAUCACUAUAUUGUUUACAUGUACUUAUGACAAUGCCCUACGAGGGUGCAAACUAGGCGAAGAAUAUUUCUAGGUGAAUAUACAUUAAUGUUGCUUUCAAUGUUUCAUCAUUAUUUUUGUUUGCCAAAUUGAUGAAAACAAAAAUUAUGGAAAUUAUGAAUUAUCAUAGCUGUAGAAUAAAUUGAAUAAAAGUGAUUCAUUUGCGCCAGAAA